AUAGACUCGAGCUCCCUCAGGCUGGACUUCCAUGAUGGCUUUCGUAUGCCAACAAUGCAAGAACCCACUACAGCUCGACGCGUCCUUGGUGGACUUGGCACCGUCCGCCUUCGACAUGAUAGCAGCAGCCCUGCCUGCGCCGCUGCCAAGUAGUGCGCGCCCUCAGUCGGAAGCGGAACAGCUCGCAAGAUUGCCUUCGCCGUCCUCAUCCAAAGCAGCGUGGCAGCGAGCCGCACAGUCCAACCCUCUGCGGACUUCGUCACCCUUGUCAGCGCGUGCGCAGGCUAAACAACCUCAUCGCGAACCUCAAGCGCCGAAUGACUCGUUCGUACUCCUCCAAGACAGUGUAAUCAAGACGAUCCCUUCGUCACUCCCGUCGCCCUCCGAUGGAAAGAAGUUUUCUGUGUCUAGGUCGCGGCACGCUCCCACUAAAGCCGCCGCCUCGUUCUCAUCUUCAGAACCUGAGCCACCCAAUCCUUCACCCUUAUCGCACCACCUCCACGCAAGCUUGCGCUUGUUCAAUCUUCUAUCUAGUAGGACUGAUGUGGACCAUCCACUAUGCGCGGAAUGCACACACAUCUUACUCUCUACGCUUGAGAAGCAGCUGGAGGAGACCAAGAAAGAAAGGGAUGGAUAUCUAGCGUUUGAGAAAGAGGUUCGGAAAGAAAAGGAGCGGGAAUCGAAGGAACUGAAUAAAGCAGACGUCGAAAGAACUAUUGAGAGCCUGAAGGAGGAAGAGCGAUGGGCUAUCGAGAAACUGCGAGAAACUGAAACGGAACGCGAGAAGUUGGAAGAAGAGAUGAAAGCCCUGGAAUUAGAGGAGAAGGCUCUGGAAGAGGAGGAGGCUGAGUUCUGGCGGGUCCACAAUACCCAUGUCAUAAAUUCUGCGCAGCAAGCGUCGCAAUUGGCAGCUUUGCGCGCGGCAUACGCCGCCGAUGCUGCUACCUUAGAGAAACUGGAGCGCACGAACGUGUAUAACGACGCAUUUUGUAUAGGCCACGACGGCGUCUUCGGGACCAUCAACGGGCUCCGUCUCGGUAGAGUGCCAGGAGUACCUGUUGAAUGGACAGAGAUCAACGCUGCCUGGGGCCAGACCCUCCUCCUGUUACACACGAUUGCCCGAAAGCUGGAAUUCACGUUUGAGAAUUAUCGCCUCGUUCCAAUGGGGUCUUUCUCCCGCAUCGAGAGGACGACAGGUGAUAAAGCCACCUACGGCUUGUAUGGUUCCGGCGAUCUCCACAUAGGCCGUUUGCUACACAACCGCCGAUUCGACUUUGCUAUGGUCGCAUUCCUUGAGUGCUUGAAACAAGUCGUUGACUAUGUCAAAUCUCAAGAUGCAACCGUUGAAUUCCCUCAUCCGAUCAUCAAAGAUAAGAUCGGCGAGGCUUCCGUCAAGCUUCAGUUCAGUCAAGAAGAGGCGUGGACACGCGCUCUUCGGCAUAUACUACUGGCAUUGAAGAUCCUCCUCAAGUGGACUACCAAUGGCGCUAACGGGUAACUGGCCUUGCUGCAAGCCGCCGCCUCUCCCUUGUAGAACGUACCAAGAGCGCGAGCGUAAUAGGUAUGGCUUUUCACAUGCCGGACGUCGGACUUUGUUCUCCUACAUGCCUCCGUCCGUGCGGAUCCCAGCG